AUGACAGACACUCAACCAAAGUCCAAGAGAGACCCCCACGCCGCAGUUGUAGAGCAAUAUGCUGACACUAAGGACCCAUUCGUCAAUCAAAUUUACAAGAAAUUGAGAAACAAGAAGAAGAAGCUCGAUAAAAUUAAGGAAACCGAAGAAAAAGUUAAGAAAGGAGAGUUAAAGCCAAAUCAAGAGCAAUAAGAUAUGAUAAAUAGCAAGAGUAGUUUAUUAGAGGAGAUGAAGGAUCUUUAGGGAAUUAUCAAAAUGUAUCAGGACGCCUUCCCAGAAAACCCAAUUUGGGCUUCUACCGGAGCUAAGGAUAAGAAAUAAAAGAAGGGACAAGAGCAAUAACUAAUCCAGCAACAACCAGCUCAGCAAUAAGUUGCCGCCCAACAAGUCCCCGAGGUCGAUGUUAGUUAAGUAGUAAAUGACACUCUAUCUGUACUUGCUGAUGCCGUCGUUGCUAGAACUCUUCAUUCCAGAUUCAACGAAAGCCUCAAUGGAGCAUCCAAGCAACACACCGACUCACUUGACUUCCUUUUCCAAAGUUUUGAAAGAUUAGCUGGGUAUGGACAUCACGAAAGCUUCCAAUGGAGUCAAACUAAAGAAUAAUUCGUAGAGACUUUCUCAAGAUUAGCCUUGAGAUCACAGACUUAAGUUGGACACAACACCAGCAAAUCAUAUGCAGAUAUCCACUCAUAUUUAGCUUAAUUAGCUUCUGGUGAGCAAGAAGGACUAGCUGUCAAGUCAUUCAGCUUAAAGAGAGAAACUCACGAAUAACAUAAGGUCCACCAUGCUCCAAAGGAUACCACAAUUAUCACUAGACAGAGCCCAGAGAAGAAACCCGCCUAAGAGCAAUAAGAAUAGGUAUAAGAGCAUGAUCAAGAAGAGCAACACCACGAUGAAACCAAUGAAGAGACCAAGGGUGAAGAUGUUCAACCAGAAGGUGAAAACCAAGAAGGUGAACAACAAUAACAUACCGAGAGACAAAGAAGAGACGGUGAAGGCUUCGAGAGAAGAGGAAGAGGUGGCAGAGGCGGCUACAGAGGCAGAGGCGAAAGAGGCGAUAGAGGUAACAGAGGAGGUUACAGAGGCAGAGGUGGAUAUCACCAAAGAGAAGACGUCGAUGAAGAUGGAUUCCAAGUCGUUAAGGAAAGAGAAGACCAACCAAAGAGAGGAAGAGGCGGCAGAGGAGGUCGCGGUGGCAGAGGUGGCUACAGAGGAAGAGGUGACGGUAAUGAUAGACCAUACACCGAAAGAGGAGCCAGAAGAGGAGGAAGAGGUCAAAACAACGGUGGAGACGCUCAACCAGAAGCCCAACCAGCCUCAACAAACCAAGCUCAAGAAUGA